CAAACCCUCAUCUCCGUUCAUUGCCCUACACUUAUUUCAAUGGCUUUCUAUUGUUUGUCAAUGGCUUCCCAUUGUUUGUCUAAGCUCACAGGCUCAGUGUUAUUUCUAGUAGUGUUACUCUUCUUUGAGGUCCCCGUCUCAUUCUCCGGGCCUCCGUGUGACUUCCCGGCCAUCUUCAACUUUGGUGACUCCAACUCUGACACCGGCGGGUUGUCAGCCGCCUUUGGGCCUGCUCCACCUCCCAACGGGGAGACUUUCUUUGGCGCUCCUGCCGGGAGAUACUCAGAUGGUCGCCUCAUCAUCGACUUCAUCGCUCAGAGUCUUGGAUUGCCUUAUCUCAAUGCAUACCUUGACUCUGUUGGCACUAAUUUCUCACAUGGAACCAAUUUUGCCACUGCCGGAUCAACAAUCAGGAGACAGAAUACAACAUUGUUUCAAGGUGGUUUUAGCCCCUUUUCAUUAGAUGUACAAUCUUGGCAGUUCUCUCAGUUUAAAGCUCGUUCCCGUAAGGCAUAUGAUAAAGGUGGAGUGUAUAAGGAUUUGCUACCCCUAGAGGACUACUUCUCUCGAGCUUUGUACACCUUUGAUAUUGGGCAGAAUGAUCUCACUGCAGGCUACUUCCAAGGCAUGACAACUCAAGAAGUUAAAACCUACAUACCCGAUGUUCUUGAUAAGUUUACAAUAGUUAUCAAGAGUGUCUAUGGAGAAGGUGGGAGGUUCUUCUGGAUCCACAACACAGGUCCAUUCGGUUGCCUUCCAUAUGUACUAGAUCGUAUCCCUCUUACUGCUGCUCAAAUUGAUCGGGCUGGUUGUGGUGUACCUUUCAAUGAGGUUGCUCAGCUUUUCAAUGCAAAGCUCAAAGAAACAGUUGCUUGGCUAAGGAAGGAGCUUCCCCUUGCAACAUUUACCUAUGUUGAUGUCUACUCAGUCAAGUACUCGGUCAUAAGUCAACCCACCAAGCAUGGUUUUGAGCACCCUCUAGUGGCUUGCUGUGGACAUGGUGGGAAGUAUAACUAUAACAUGCAUGUUGGCUGUGGCGGAAAGAUUAAAGUGAAUGGUACAGAGGUUUUGCUUGGAAAGUCAUGUGAGAAACCUUUGUCACGGAUCAAUUGGGAUGGAGUGCAUUACACCGAGGCCGGAAACAAAUAUGUAUUUGAUCAGAUUUCAAAUGGAAAAUUCUCUGAUCCACCGAUCCCAUUAAGAAUGGCAUGCCAUAAGCUAGUGAGGUGAACUUCAAGCUAUAUGUGGUUCUUAUCUUCACUUUGUGAGUAAGGCCAGCAGCAUGAUAAUUGCCAUAAUAAGUGCGUUUUUAUGUGCUUGAAUAAAAAAACGCAUAUAACAUUUAUUAAUCUAAAUUUUUACUUUUGGUCA